GAAGACCAGAGAAGACCAGAGAAGGGAAGUUAUGGAGCCAGCAAUAUUACUUUUAUUUAUGUUUAUUUAUUUCAUGCUGGAGGAAGAGGAGAAGCGCCGCCGUCAUGGCCGGCGGCUGGUGUAUCUCCGGCUGAGAGAGGACCGCAGAGGGACCAGACACCUGUACUGCAGGAUAAACCUGGCGGUUCCUGUGCUCCAGAGGUUUUUCGGUCAGGGGGAUACAAGACCUGACUUCAGGCUGAGCAGAGAGUCUCUGGCAGUGCUGCUGGACCUCCUCCAACAGGAGCGGAGACAUGGAUGGGGUGCCACAAUCGAGACCUUGGUGUUCCUCUUCUGGCUGGCAAGUGGGGCAUCAUACAGGGUGGUCUCGAGGGUGUUCGGGAUUCCUCGCUCCACUGUCCACCGCAUCGUCCAUCGAGUUACUGCGGAGGUGGUGGCCGUUCGCCACAAGGUUAUCUGCCUCCCAAAGACCGCAGAAGAUCUUGCGGCAGUAACUCAUGGGUUUGCAGGGCUGGCAAGAUACGCAGCCUUCGGGAAAGCUGCAGGAGCAAUCGAUGGCUGCCAUGUCAGGAUCAAGCCACCAAGUGGCCCUGAUGGUCACUGUUAUAAGAACAGAAAACUGUUUUACUCAAUAAUACUUCAGGCAGUUUGUGACCAUCAGGGCCGCUUUAUUGACACGUACGUGGGCUGGCCGGGGUCGGUGCACGACUCCAGGGUACUCCGGCACAGCCCACUGUACAGGCGGGCGAUCUACCCUCCUCCAGGGCACUUCAUCCUCGCAGAUGGUGGGUACCCCUGCCUCCAACAACCACUCCCCCUCAUCACUCCCUACAAGCGGCCGGUGCAAGGUGUGGGAGCCCAGCGCUUUAACAGCCAUCAUUCCAGGGCACGCUCUAUCAUUGAGCGUGCCUUUGGAAUGAUGAAGACCAGGUUUCGCUCCAUCUUCCUGCAAGCGCUGGAGGUGCACCACACCUUUGUGCCUCAGGUCAUAACAGCAUGUACAGUCCUGCACAACAUCUGCCUGGGGGCAGGUGACAUCAUGGCCCCAGAGGAUGAGCUGCAGGACGACAUGCCGGAGGAUGAGGGGGAGAAUGAGUUGGAGGCCGUCAGUGGUGCUCCAUGGUGGGACCAGCUGUCUGCAGAGGUGUCUGCCCUGGAGGAGGUCAACCCUGACCACGACUAUCUUUAGUGGUGACAUGGCAGCCGUCGAUCAAGUCAGCCCUGCAAACCCAGUUGAUGGACGAUGUGGUGGACAGUGGAGGCAUGCACCUCCAAACGAUGUCCCACUGAGGCAGAAGACACCAGGGUCUUUAUUGUGGCAUCCUAUCCAGCCCGGCAGCACUGCCAGGGACUCCUCCUGCUCAGCUAAUAACUGUACAUAUUUCAAUUUGUUGUCAUUUAUAAAUUGUACUUAAUUUCAUCUAAUCAUUUGUCUUUGUUGUGUAAUAACAUGGUCAUUACUGCCGUACAAAUGUACAUAUAUGUAAAUGUAUAGACUGCCCACAUGUAAAUAUUGAUCAUCGUUCUCACUGCACCUUCAAUAAAAGAGAAUAUCCAGUC